AUGCAUGAUAAUGUUACUGCUCAGCUCCUGGCUGAGAUCGAUGGAAUGAUUUAUCUUGACAAUAUUCUUUUAAUUGACGCACAAAAUAUUCUUGAAGCAAUCGAUCCAGCACUUCUUCGCCCAGGACGCAUGAAGAAAGUUAUUAAGAUUGAUUUACCAGAUGCAGCCGCUCGCUCUGCUAUUUUUUAUAUCCAUAUAAAAGCACUUAUCGGUAAUGGAGCACUUAAUGGAGAUAUCGACAUCAACCACAUCAUUCGCCGUACCGAAGGAAUGACCGGAGCACAUGUGGAACAAAUUGUUCGACUGGCAAAUUCAGGUUAUAGUCAAAUAAUGAAUCAAAUUGAAGUGUUGACAAGUUCUCGAGGAAAUCCGAUGUUAUGCUAUUCAGAUUAUUUAUACACUCAGCAUAGUAUGACAGAGAAAAAACGUGUAUUUCGUUGUGAAGAUCGAAAUUGUAGAAGUCGUUGUCAUACGAAUACUCUGAUGGAAGUGUUUGUCAAAGAACCAUCGGAGCAUAGUCAUGCACCUAAUCCAGAUCGUGUUCAUGUUAUUCGAUUGAAACAUGAAAUUAAAGCCCGUGGUUCAUCAUCGGAUGAAGCGANGUUGUGA